CCUGGCCCCUUCUGAGCCCAUCCCCCGCGUGUCUCCUGGGCUGCGGGGCGCGGGGGGCUGCCGGGUGCGCUUGGCUGAGGCGCAGCGCGUUGGAGACUUUAUUGCGAUGGGGAAGAUAAGAGGGGCGGGGGCGGGGUCUGGGGGGCCGAGGCGGCCGCACUUUAAUUAAAACGGAAAUUGCGGCCCCUGCCCGCGCGGGGCCGGAGGGUUGCAAGCGGCCUUGUAGCUGGGAGCAUCCCUCCAGGACCCCCUCCCUCCCCGCCACACCCUGGCUGCCCGCUCCCGCCAGGCCUUGCCGGACCCGGCGGCGUCUACUCUUCCCUGUCACCCACUGUCGCCACGGGCGGGGAUCGGCACCCCAAGCGCAAAGCUGACGUGCCCCCCCGUGCCAUCCCCCCCAUCUCCCACCGCCCAGUCCCCGGCAGCGAUGAGACAGAGCGGCACCUCCCAGCCCCUGCUGAUCAACAUGUACCUGCCAGAUCCCGUCGGAGAUGGUCUUUUUAAGGAAGGGAAGAGCCCGAGCUGGGGGCCGCUGAGCCCCGCGGUACAGAAAGGCAGCGGGCAGAUCCAGUUGUGGCAGUUUCUCCUGGAGCUGCUGGCAGAUCGCGCGAACGCCGGUUGCAUCGCGUGGGAGGGCGGCCACGGCGAGUUCAAGCUCACCGACCCGGACGAGGUGGCGCGGCGCUGGGGCGAGCGCAAGAGCAAGCCCAACAUGAACUACGACAAGCUAAGUCGCGCGCUGCGCUACUACUACGACAAAAACAUCAUGAGCAAGGUGCACGGCAAGCGCUACGCCUACCGCUUUGACUUCCAGGGCCUGGCGCAGGCUUGCCAGCCACCACCCGCGCACGCCCACGCCGCUGCGGCCGCUGCCGCAGCCGCUGCUGCAGCUCAGGACGGCGCCCUCUACAAGCUCCCGGCCGGCCUGGCCCCGCUGCCCUUCCCUGGCCUCUCCAAACUCAACCUGAUGGCAGCUUCGGCGGGCGUCGCUCCCGCUGGUUUCUCCUACUGGCCUGGCCCGAACGCCACCGCCGCUGCCGCCGCCACCGCCGCGCUCUACCCCACCCCGGGCUUGCAGCCCCCUCCGGGGCCCUUCGGCGCGGUGGCCGCCGCUUCGCACUUGGGGGGUCAUUAUCACUAGACGGGACCGGCCGGGUGCAGCGGGGCCUCUCUCACAUGGCCAAGUGACCAAUCCCAUCCUCAUCCUCGGAGGAGCCCCGAAGCUUUCCCCGACGUUCCUUUAACACAGAUUUCAUUGCAGCAGCCGCGCCCAGCCCAGGGAAGAAAGGAUGACUCUGAGGUCUUCCUUGACCAGGCUUCCAGGCCCCGUUAUCUUCGUCCCAGGAAGGGUACAUGGGCUCCCACUUUAAUUUUUCUCGUCCAAGUCUCCAGAUUCUGGAACUCCCGUGUCUUUCUCUUCUCACUGGCACCCCUACACCUCUUUAUGACCCCUAUUUUUCUGGGAUUUUUUUGAUUCUCAUUUUCUCUCUCUCUCCCACGACCCACUCCAAACGGUAGUACCUCGAGGCUUCUCACACUCCCCUAUUUCUUCGGGAUAUGAGAAGUCUCGGUAAACAUCUCUGCCGGUCCCCAUCCCUAUCCCAACACUCUGGCUUCCCUUUCUCCCAUACCACAUUCUGGCCCAAGGACCCCAGCCUGUAUAUAUCCCUUUCAGCCCCAUUAAAGCUCCCAAGCUCC